AUGUCACAAAAACAGAGGAAAGUGUUUAGUAUUGAAGAAAAGUCACACGUUAUAUGGAGGUUGCAAAAUGGCGAGUCAAAUAGUGAAAUUUCAAAAGAAUAUGGAGUCUCGCACUCUACAAUAUCAACGAUUUGGAAGAAUAGAGAUAAAAUAAAAGCUCUUUUCGAGGAAAAUUCUUUGAAAAUUAAACGAUCGAGGACAUCUGAACAUAAAGUUAUGGAAGAGGCUUUAUUAACAUGGUUUAAACAUCAGAGCGCAAACAACGUCCCAAUAAGUGGUCCGAUCCUGCAACAAAAAGCCAACGACUUCGCUCGGCUUAUGGGGAAGGAAAAUUGCAAGUGCUCGUCGUCUUGGGUACAACGUUUUCGUGCUCGUCAUAAUAUUGUGGCUGGAAAAGUUUGUGGUGAAGCGGCUGGCGUUCCUGAAGGUGUGACUGAAGAGUGCUCUCUCAUAAGUGGCCUACACUGUGUGAAGGAUACAAACCAGAAGAAAUCUUUAAUGCGGAUGAAACCGGAUUGUUUUUUAAUUUAA